CCCACUCAUCCUAAUAUGGAAUGCAGCAGGAAACCCAUGAUUUCCUGACACUUAGUAAGCUGGAGAAAGAGAGGAAAAACUCCAUUUGAAAAAAAAAAUCCCGGCUUUCCUCCAUGUUAGAUGUGAAAUGGAAAAUGGGAAGGAUUUAGAAGAAAUCCCUGGUGUCUCCAGCCAAGUUGGAGAAAGGGAAGAAAGAGCGAAAGCUUCAGGCUGCUAUCUUUCAAGAUCACAGUAAACACCCAGAUCUCUAGGAAAAUGAGGGUGUCUUGAUUCAAACGGACAGGGGAAAGACAAGCUAUUUUAUUUUUCUUUCAAAGUGGACAUUCCCUUUCUUUACCAGCAUGGUGAAAUGAGAGGGCAAACAGCAGCAACCUGGAAAAUGUUAAGUCUGAGCCAAGAGUACCCAGCUAAGUGAGGGUAAACACAACCUGGGCGCUCACUCGGGUUUUUCUUCAUGCGCUCCUAGAAGAACUUGGAGAAUCAGGAAUAGCCCCAGUAAGAAUGAAUUGCAAAGAGGAACGAGAGCAAAGUGGCUGCCCCAGCGAGGAGGAAGUGAAGAAACCACUAAAGUGUGUGGUGGUCGGAGAUGGUGCAGUGGGGAAAACCUGCUUACUGAUGAGUUACGCCAAUGACGCCUUCCCAGAGGAAUACGUGCCUACGGUGUUUGACCACUAUGCAGUUACUGUGACGGUGGGAGGCAAGCAGCACUUGCUUGGACUUUAUGACACAGCAGGACAGGAGGACUAUAACCAACUGAGACCACUCUCCUACCCCAAUACCGAUGUGUUUCUGAUCUGUUUUUCUGUUGUAAACCCAGCCUCUUAUCACAACGUCCAGGAAGAAUGGGUACCUGAACUGAAAGGCUGUAUGCCACAUGUCCCUUUCGUCCUCAUAGGAACACAGAUUGAUCUUCGUGAUGACCCCAAAACGUUGGCUCGGUUGUUCUACAUGAAAGAGAAACCCCUCACUUAUGAGCACGGAGUGAAGCUUGCCAAGGCGAUUGGAGCACAGUGCUACUUGGAAUGCUCAGCCCUAACACAGAAAGGCCUUAAAACAGUCUUUGAUGAAGCAAUACUCGCCAUUUUUCACCCCAAAAAGAAGAAGCAGCAGUGUUCUAGGUGUUGCCCAGGCUGCUGCACCAUCGCAUGAGAUUAUUUGAGAUACCGUUCCAACAGCCCACAGGAGUGAGGAUGCCACUUCAUCUUGGGGCUCCCAUGUGCCCCUAGAGGGAGUGCAUGACCUGAGCAAGAAUUUACUUCAAAGCAAGGUCUUCCUCCAGUCUGUGAGAUUUCACAUUAGCCAGCCGAAUAGUCUUUUCUUCCUCAAGUCCCAUACUCUAAAGGAAAAAUGCACUGAGCCAAUAUUACAGUCAGGACAGCUGUUGAUGAUGUUGAAAACAAAAUAAAAGGCAUCAUGCAUCUUUAUGUCUUCACCUCCAGUGAAUGUGAAGGUGUAGGGAAAUUUCUCCAGACUCUGUAUCAGACAAUUCAGUUACAGUUUGGCAACUUUAACAGAUGCCUUUAACAAUAUACACAAAUCCAAUACAAAUUUAUCAGUCAAAUUUUUGCCUUGAACUACUAUCCUAUCCAUAUGUGUCUUACACAGAUUCACAAUUUUUCAGGAAGCUUAUUCUGUCCUGAUUUAUCCCACUAAAUCAGCCUACACGGAGUCUGUUUCACUAACAUUUUAUAUUUUUGAUGUUCACACCAAAGACUUCAGAACCAAUAUUUACCUCCAAUCUCACUUCUGAAUAUAAGAAGCCAAAGAAGACUUUGAGACUCUAUCAAAAAAUCUAGACAGAGCCAUGCUUACCAAGGCUGACCAAGAGAGAAAGCAAUGGGAAUUUUUACAGAAUUUAACCAGAAAAAAAAAUCAUCCUUAUUUUUACCGGAAGUCCUGGUGUAAUGGGGUCUAUGGGUAGCCUGAUGAUUGGAGUGUUUAAGCAUCACAGCCUAUUUGAUGAUGGAAUUUUAGAGCUAGGAGAAUUCCCAGAGAUCAUCUUCAUUUUUUACAGAAGAGGAAAAUGAGGCUCAGAGAAGCUUAGAGCCUUGCCUGAAGUGAUUCAUGGAUCAGAGAGAUCUCCAUUUCUCACCCAAAUUGAAAGAAUGGGAUAGUUCCAAGAAAUAUCUAGAAGUGGGCAGAAUCACGCUUCUUGACUUCGUUCUCCCUUUCUGCCACAGCGACACCUCCUUUCCACUUGUCAAAACCUGCUCCCAAGAAAGAAUUUGAAAGUCUUCACUCUGAAGUGGAAAGGUCUGAUUUAAUGCAAUUAAAUUCAACAAGCAUUUCUUAAGUACCUACAUAAAACCCUGUCAGAUGUCGUAUAGUCUUCCUGGGCUAUUGUACUGUAAUAGGCUGCAGAGCCAUGACUAGGACAGAGCAAUCAUGACUUUGCCCUAAAUUUAGAUGGUGCAAAAAAUUUAACAAAUACACUCCUUAAGAAACAACUGAAUGUAGCAGCUAGUGCUCUAGAAUAGUUAUUUAAAAUAAAGAGUUACUAGAUAAAUAAUACCCAUCUGGGAACCCUUAUAGUGACUAGUUCCCCUUCUCAAAUUGGUUUGUCUUUAAUAUUUCAUAUACAUAUAUAUAAUUUGAGGGCACCGUUUUAUGCUGCCUGCCCUGAACAUUAAAAUUACUCCUUAUAUUUCUGUUAGGCAAAUACAUACUGAAGCUACAGGGUGAAAAAGCUCCCAUGGCAGAAUUUCAAACAUCCACUAGAAGAGUGACUUCUUGGAUCAGCAAGACAUUUUCAGCCAUCUGAAAUUAUGCCACAGGGUUAUCUGUCUGCUCUUCCCAUGUGGGAGUCCUUUCCCAGAACUGCUGAACAGCAAGCCUCAGAAAGUCUCUGAAGAUCAACCAUGUUUGACUGGAAGGAUUUUAUUACUUUCUACUAAUUGCUUAAUUUUCAAUAGCUUCUCUUGGUUGUUGCACAGUGCAUCCUAUUCUAUGUCAGUAGCUUUCCUUGGUAUGGGUUACUUAGGGUGACAUGUUGGUCCUUCCUUCUCUCUGUACUCAUCAUCAUGGAUAACUUUUUAGGUGUCUCGGUACCAUAUUCAGGAAUUGUUUUUCACUCAGAUAGAAAGCUUAUACCUAGGAGAAUAAAAAUUGGCCAGUAAUACUGAGAAACCAAAUUAAGUCUUAAUCUUUUCUCUAAGACUCCUCCCUAGAACCAGUCUUUUUUUUUUCACAAAAGAGCAAGUUACUGCUAUGCUCGUGAUUAGAAACAACAAGAACUUAUUAAUUCAUUUUACAGAUACCUUGGAAAUGCCUAGGGAGUGUCUUUACUUUAUUUAUUUUAUCUCUUACUUUCUCUUAAAAGUUCUGUUCCCAGGCAUAGAAUGACAGUAUUUAUACUUCUGAACACUGCCAGGCCCAAAUGAUAUUGAAAGAAGAUCUGUCUAUGAGACAGCUACAGGAAGAGAGAGGCAGGCUUGGAAUAAAAUCAUAUGAGAAGCACAGAAACAAACUUCAGGGGACAGGAUCAUUCAUUCCUUUGGAAUUUCCCUAGGAAGUUGCCCUAUCUUGAGCACUAUCCCCUGGAUACGUAGGACAUGCCUGAUAUUGCUAUAUCCCUUCCAUGUCAUCCUUUUCCUCUUUCAUCCCUCCUUUCUUUCAUUUUUGUUUACUAUCCCUUCUUACCUGACCACUUCUCUAAUAUAUUCUCAAACAUUUAUUAAACAAAAAUAGGAAAUCUGUAAGUGGCACACGGAUAGUGAGAGGAAACAAAAUGCUUUCAGUUUUUGCAACUAUAAAAUAUGACUCCAUAGAGACCACCAAUUUCAUCUCGUUCAUGCAAUAAUAAUCAUUUAGCAGGGUUACAAAUGAGAUAUUAUCAGCCAGUUUUACUAUGAUAUUGCACACUAGUUUCUUGCUAAAUGGAGUCUAGUUAACAUUUGCUAGUGUGAUUCCAAAAGGGAGUGACAUGCGGUAGCUACACUGAAGAAAGGAUUUAUACAUAGCCCUGCCAUACUUCUCUCUGGGUUUGCACCCACCUGCUGGGCAAUCAGGAUUAAUUUCCUUGUUGUGUAAAUGUUUCUUCAUUUACUCUUUCGAACCCUGGAAAUGAAAUUUAGUGUUCUGGAACAAAUAAUCAGUCAUAGGAUUUGGAACUGGAAGGUCCCUCAGGGUCACCUAGUUCAUAAGACCAAACUCUUCAUUUUAUAGAGGAGGCAAAUGAGGCCAAGAAGAGGGAAGGCUCAAACUCAUAGGGGUUGUAAGUAGAAGGGCCAGGAUUUAAACCAAGAUCUGCUCAUUCUAAUUCUUUUAAACCACACUGCCUCUUGUUAAAUCCAAAGAAGGAAUGAAAAGGUCUAUAUGACCUAAUCCCCUCACCUCAAAUCAAUUUUCAAUUCAAUCAAGUUGAAUUGAAAAUGCUUAUAUAAACUAAUCCCUCCACCUCAAAAUCAAUCACUUGUUCCCUAAUUAAUGGCAGAACUGGGUUCAUUGUGCUUUAUUGCAUAUGUACACAUAAAGACCAUCUCUAAUCCAACUACCUCAUUCUACAAAUGAGGAAACUGAGGCCUAAUGAGGUUAGGUGACUUUGCCAAGUUCACAGAGAUAAUUAGUGGCAGAACUAGAUCCCCUGACUCCCAAACUAAUGGCAAUUUAGUAUAUAGCUCAAAUACGCUGGCUCACAAAAUUGGUUGAAUGAAUGAAUAGAUAGAUGAAUAAGUAAUUUAAAAGCUUCACUAGGCAUGGGUAUCAAAGUUUGGUCAACCUGAGGAUGGUGGCUUUUGAAUGCAUUGUGGAAAAUCUAUUUGCAUGACCAUUUUUUCUUUUUAAAUUGGCUGACUGGGCAAACCUUAUGAAAAAUGUAUUUCAAAGUGCAAAAUUUCCAGGAAGGUUAAUAAUUAGAUGUACCUGGUAAAUGCUAACAAGAUCCAGAAAUGAAAUGAAAGCAUGAGCUGUGUCUAGUAGCAUUUCCAUCUUUAGCUAUUUGUCCAGUCUUAUUUGGGGGAAAUUUCUUUGAGAAAUCUGCCAAGGAGAUUCUUGCUCACUUGUGAAUAACUAGGACAUAAGUGUGCUCUAGCAUUCUAGUUUUAAAAUCUCACUGCAACAAAUCACAAUGAAACUUGAAUGGAUAAUUCUAGUCUCUUCUUUUUUGUUCUCUCAAAGAGACAGUUAUGUCAGAACUAGACCUUUUUUUCCUUUUAAUCAGGUUCUACUCUGGCAAGCCUGUACUGUAUGGCUUUGAAUUUGAUGGUGACUCAAGGCAGAGUUAAUGCUCAAGCUGAAGCCAUUUAGUUUUAUUUUUAGCCACAGUUUUCUCAACCGUUCUUGCAUGGGAGGUCAGUGCUGUGCUGAGCAGAGGUUGGAGAAGUAACUGCCUAGGAAAUUGCUUAUAUGAGGCAUGAGGUGGUGUUAUCAGAGAAAGAGUGGCUGAGCACCAUGUCUAAGGGUCAAUGCCUUGUCAAACUGCCAUAUGCCCUGAGUCUCUCAGUCUCUAAAUGAUUCAUUUGAUAGGAAAAGAAUUCUCUCAGAGCAGGAACUAUUAGUUUACUGAAGCUUUGUUAAAAAAAAUAUAGAUGAUAGAUAGAUAGAUAGAUAGAUAGAUAGAUAGAUAGAUAGAUAGAUAGAUAGACUUAGAGUUAAAGGACCCUUAGAGACAUCUAGUCCAACACCUUCAUUUUACAAAUGAGGAAACUGAGGCCCAGAGAGGUUAAAGAACUGGCCCAAAUUCACACGGCAGAAAGAGACUGAGACAGGAUUUAAAUUCAGGUCCUCUGAUUAUUUUCAGUUUUACUAGCCAACCAGUUCUUAUCAUCAAAGGUGGAUUUAACCAGCUAGAGUUUCCCUCUAGUGAAGAUUACUUACUUCAAGAUCUAUAAUUUAAUCAAUGUAGAUAUUCUCUCCAUCAUUGAAAAUAUGCAGUCUGUUAAUGGGCAUAUACUCAGAGCAUUUCCAGUCUGUACUUUGCUAACACAGCCUUUAAGGGCCCACGGUUACCUACAUCCCACAACAAGGGAUCAAAGGAGAUUAAUUGCCCAGGGGGAAAAAUUAAAGAAUUCUGUAUUCUUUUGGUCAACCUAAGAACAGUGGCUUUUGAAUGCAUUGGGACAAUUGCACACUAGGACAAUUGAAUGUGUUGGCACAAUGUUUAUUCACUCUAGGAUUAGGUAGUCAAGGAGUAGCUUGUUUUAUUACAGCAAUAUUUCCUCCACAAGAUUACACCAGAGUGAGUAAAUUCAUGUGCUUUCUAGGCCUUAGUUUUCUCAUAUGUAAGAUGAGACUGUUGGACUAGAUAACCUCUAUGUUCCCUUACAGUUCUAAAUUUAUGAUCCCGUGACCUGCCUCCCCUCUGGAGUAUCAUGUGCUCUUUUUUCUCAGAAAGUCAUAAGCUAUGAGCCAACCUAAAGAUUCCAUCCUUCUUUUCGUUGCCAGAUUAGUCAGUAAAAAGACAGUUAGGUGACAUGGAAAUGUCACUGUAUAUACUCUAAGUGAGGCUCAGGCAGUGACAUCUUAAAAUAUUCCCUAGGCUGAUACUCAAAUUAACUACAUAAGCCAGCCAAUUUAAAAGGCUUCUGCUCUCUUUUAUUUUAUUUGUCCCUUGGGGUUCUUGCUAAGCUCACUUCCCAUCUAACAGUGGUAAGUGAAUGACCAAGCCCCUCAUGGACCAUUACACCAAAUAAGGGAAAAGUAGAAUCGUUUUGACAGAAGGCAAGUCUGAAGAAACAUAGGUCAGAGAUGCCAUUGAGUUUCUCUGAUGUUUAAAAGGAAAGAAAAAACAAAUACUUCCCAUCCAAAAUACAGUAAGUUCUUUUCACAGGGAUCUGGCGAAAAAUAAUGAGGCUGCUGCCAGUCUUUAGGGAGCCUUGAUAAAACUCCAAUGUGGGAACCAAACAAAUCAAGGGUAAAAGAAGCUGAAUAAAGUUAUUUGCCUCAUGGCUUAAGAGAGGCUACAUUCCAGGAUGACAAGAUAAUGACCUAGUCCUGAACAAUGCAUUAGAGGUAUUUUCUGCCUGAAGGAACUCCAAUUCUAGAGUUUCUUGACAGUUUAUUCAUUCAUUCAACAAAUAGUUUUCCAAUAUAUGGCAUCUUGCCCUCUGAUUAAAACACUUUUGUCAGUAAGGAACAUCUGGAGAGCAAAACAUCAUCACCUAUCUCAGGAGUGAUCUACGGUGGUCAUAAUUCUUUCCAUGUACUCCAAAGGGCUCUAGAAAGUUUUCUUGAUCAUUAGUGGUCAGGAUCUUAGUAUCUCUACACCAAAGCAAGAGCCUCAGCUACCCUGAUUCACAUGGCAGGGCAUUCACUGGGGCCCCAUACAUUCUUUGAAGGCCCUAUUUCCUCUUACAAAGGUUUCCAUUAUACUUACUCUCCAAGUAGUAACACUAGUCCAGAUGCCAUAACCCAGGGUGUGAUGGAGACAUGCAGCAUGAAUUCCUGUGCUCCUUACAAGUCCAGAAAAAAUAAAACAGCUCCUUGGAGAAGCCCUAAGCAUUCUUCCAUAGGGUGGCCUUUUAUUUUCAAUCAGUAAAACAUUAAGUGCCUACUACUUUUACAACCUAAAGUUCAGACCCUGCCUACAGAAAGAUUGCAAACUUCUUUGAAAAUUUCUAGCAAGUCACAUUAGCAUAGUGUAAGGAGUGUUGAUCAUGGAAUUCAGAGGACCUGAAUUUUAAAUCCCACUGUGGACCCUGACUAGUUGUAUAGCCCUGGAGAAGUCAUUUAACCUCAUCGAGCCUCAGUAUCCUCAACAUGUAAAAAGGGAAUAAUAAUAGCACCUCCACGGUUACUGUGAGAUUCAGAUAUGGGAAGUAUUUUGCGAACACUGAAGCACUAUAUAAAUAUCAAAUAUCAUUUUAAAAUCCAAAAUGGACCUUCACCCAAGGUUGAUUUUAUUGGGACAAAUUUAUCAUAAUCAUAGGAGGUACUAGGAAACUAUCAUGAAUCUCAUAGCAGUCUCUUAAAUGAAGUGUAUCUAUCUGUCUCCUAGCUUUCACCAUAUGAUCUCUCAGUAUACUUACCCAAUUACUUCUUCUCCUGAUGCACAAAAUGAAAACAAAUUUUUUUUUCAGGACAAAUGAACAAUGAGAAGGAAAAAAGGGAGGGGGACAGAUUUGGUGUAUGGCAUUCUUUUGUAUCACAAGCCACCCUAUAUGCCUACUCUAUGGGCUUUAUUUCCAAGUCCCUUACUUGCCUUUCCAUUCAAAAUGACAUCACAGUUUGAGAUAUCUAGUGAGAUCCACCAGUCAAAUGAACAUUUUCCCACUGAAUUACACACAUCAAUGUCUGAUAACCAAAGUCUGAGCCCUGAAUUUGUCACAGUUAUUCUCACCUCCAUAAUUCCCAUCCAGCAAACAGGCCAGGGUCAUGUGAUAAAUUCACCCUUGUGUCAAAGGGGUGUUUAACUUCAUAAGCCUCUGUCCUGGAGCUCUGAUUCAAAAUUGUCUGUGCUGGAAUUUGCAUUGGGAUGUGUUCAAAAGCAAAUGGCGUGUUUGUUUAAAUGAGGGAACACUUUGUUACUGGCUUCUUGAUGGGGCCCAAAAGUGAUCAAAAUUUCAUGUUUUAAAACAUUCCACAAAAUACAGGUAUGCUCAUUCAUUUUUGGUGGAGUUGGGAAUUAGUAUAACCAUUCUUCAGAGUAACUUGUAAUUAUAUAAAUAAAGUGGCUAAAAUGCUCAAACUCUUUGACCCAGAAAUUCCCCCAUUAGGUUUAAACCACUAGGAGAUCAUUGACAAAAUGAAAGUCUCCAUAUACACUAUAACAUUUAUAGCAGCACUUUUACUGGUAACAAAGAACAGGAAAUAGAAUAGAUAUUCAUCUAUUGAGGAAUGGAAACUAAAUUACAACAUAUGAAUGUUAUGUAACAUUACUGCGUUGCAAGAGAAGACAAAGAUGAUUGCCACAGACAAAUAUGAACUUACAUGAACUGAUGCAAAAUGAAAGAAGUAUAGCCAAGAAAA